AUGGAGGCUGGGGACGGGUGCUGACGGGGCCGGGCUUUAGUUCCAGCUUUAGGCUCGGGUUCUGUCCUUGAGUCGGGGACUAGGUCUGGUGGCCUGAGUCUUGGACACUUUUCUCGACGCACCGGGCGGGGCCGUCCUGCAGACAAGCCGUUUGUUGGGCGCACUUGAUGCGGAGUGUUAGUUGUAUUGCUUGGGGUCCAGCCUGUAGAGCCGCCGCCUUCUCCCGGGGAUCCCGCCCCACCGGCCGGGGCCUCCUCCAUGCAGUUGAAAGAGAUUGACAACCGUUAACUUGGGUUGCAACUACAGGUGACACUGGAAGCAGCCAGGCUCUAGGACAUGCCCGGUGGAAGGAGGGGCCCUAGCCGGCAGCAGCUCCGACGGUCGGCUUUGCCUUCCUUGCAGACCCUCGUUGGUGGAGGCUGUGGCAAUGGAACAGGCCUGAGAAACAGGAACGGUAAUGCUGUUGGCCUACCAGUUCCACCUAUCACAGCCUCCAUCACCCCGGGUCCUGUUCGUCAUUGCCAAAUUCCUGACUUGCCUGUGGAUGGGAGUCUGCUCUUUGAAUUUCUUUUUUUUAUCUACUUGUUGGUGGCUUUGUUUAUUCAGUACAUCAACAUCUAUAAGACGGUGUGGUGGUAUCCUUACAACCAUCCUGCGUCUUGUACUUCACUGAAUUUCCAUCUCAUUGACUAUCACCUGGCUGCAUUCAUCACAGUGAUGCUUGCAAGGAGGCUUGUAUGGGCUCUUAUCUCAGAGGCCAAUAAAGCGGGUGCAGCGUCCAUGAUUCACUACAUGGUUCUGAUAUCGGCUCGCUUGGUGCUACUCACUUUGUGUGGAUGGGUGCUCUGUUGGACCCUUGUAAGUCUCUUUCGAAGCCAUUCAGUCCUCAAUCUCCUUUUCCUUGGCUAUCCGUUUGGUGUUUAUGUUCCUCUCUGCUGUUUCCACCAAGAUAGCAGAGCUCAUCUUCUUCUCACAGACUAUAACUAUGUGGUUCAGCAGCAGGCGGUUGAGGAAAGUGCCUCACCUGUGGGUGGCUUACCCAAAUCCAAAGACUUCCUCUUCUUACUGCUGGAGUCCCUGAAGGAGCAGUUUAAUAAUGCCACGCCCAUCCCCACUCACAGCUGUCCCCUCUCUCCAGACCUCAUUCGCAAUGAGGUGGAAUGUCUGAAAGCCGAUUUCAAUCACAGAAUCAAGGAAGUUCUCUUCAAUUCUCUCUUCAGUGCCUACUACGUUGCAUUUCUUCCCUUGUGUUUUGUGAAGAGCACCCAAUACUAUGACAUGCGCUGGUCAUGUGAGCACCUCAUUAUGGUGUGGAUCAAUGCUUUCGUCAUGCUCACCACCCAGCUGCUGCCUUCCAAAUACUGUGACUUGCUGCAUAAAUCAGCUGCUCACCUGGGCAAGUGGCAGAAGCUCAAGCAUGGGUCCUACAGUAAUGCUCCACAGCACAUUUGGUCAAAAAACACAAUAUGGCCUCAAGGAGUGUUGGUGCGACACAGCAGAUGUUUAUACAGAGCCAUGGGACCUUACAAUGUGGCAGUGCCUUCUGAUGUUUCCCAUGCCCGGUUUUAUUUUCUCUUUCAUCGUCCGUUAAGGCUGUUAAAUCUGCUUAUCCUGAUUGAGGGCAGUGUCGUCUUCUACCAGCUGUAUUCCUUGCUGCGGUCGGAGAAGUGGAACCACACGCUUUCCAUGGCUCUCAUCCUCUUCUGCAACUACUAUGUUUUAUUUAAGCUCCUCCGGGACAGGAUAGUGUUAGGCAGAGCGUACUCCUACCCACUCAACAAUUAUGAACUGAAGGCAAACUAAGCUGCCUCUCAACAAUGAGGGAGAACUCAGAUAAAAAUAUUUUCAUACGUUCUAUUUUUUUCUUGCAAUUUUUAUAAAUAUUUAAGAUAUUUUAUAUUUUGUAUACUAUUAUGUUUUGAAAGUUGGGAAGGGUAAAGGAUAUCAGAUGUAUCCAUAAACAAGGUGAUGUGAUCUUUCAUGUGUUAGUAUAUCUGACUUAUACACAUAUGAGAUGAAUGCCUCUCCAGUAAAGAGAUUGAUUUGUU